GUUUCUCGCCAUGGCCCCUGCACUGCUCCUCGUCCCUGCUGCCCUCGCAUCUUUCAUCCUGGCCUUUGGCACCGGAGUGGAGUUCGUGCGCUUUACCUCCCUUCGGCCACUUCUUGGAGGGAUCCCGGAGUCUGGUGGUCCGGAUGCUCGCCAGGGCUGGCUGGCUGCCCUGCAGGACCAAAGCAUCUUGGUCCCUCUGGCUUGGGAUCUGGGGCUCCUGCUACUAUUUGUGGGGCAGCACAGCCUCAUGGCAACUGAGACAGUGAAAGCAUGGAUGUCCCGGUACUUUGGGGUCCUUCAGAGGUCACUGUACGUGGCAUGCACUGCCCUGGCCUUGCAGGUGUACUACCACGUGCUGGGGCUGGGUGAGCCCCUGGCCCUGAAGUCUCCCCGAGCUCUGAGACUCUUCUCUCACCUGCGCCACCCCGUGUGCGUGGAGCUGCUGACAGUGCUCUGGGUGGUGCCCACUCUGGGCACUGACCGCCUCCUUCUUGCUCUCCUCCUUACCCUCUACCUGGGCCUGGCUCACGGACUUGACCAGCAAGACCUCCGCUACCUCCGGGCCCAGCUGCAAAGAAAACUCCACCUGCUCUCCCGGCCCCAGGAUGGGGAGGCUGAGUGAGAAGCUAACCCUGGUUCCAAGCCCUACACUUCCUCUCCCUCCAAUUCCAAACCCCUUCUCAUCCAGGACCUGUCUGCUUCAGACCAGAGACCCAAAUCCAAGGACUGAAGGACCUGUCCCUUCCCCUGCUUAAGCCUCUCCUUCUUGGGUCCAGCUCUAGACCCUAAAUUGAGUUUCAGCUACUGGACGCCAAGGUCCACUUCUCACCAGCCAGGAAGAGGGAGUGGGAAACUUUAUCUUUCUCCUCAUAGUUUAGGGCUUGACCCUCCGUUUACAACCUCCUUACAAGGAGAAGGGCCUGGCCUGACCAAUCCCCUGGCCCUGUUACUCGCCUCUGCGCCUCAGGGAUUCUCUUCCCACAUCUUGCUCCACCUCCUAGAAGCUGGACCAAGGUCUGCAAGUUUGACAAUAGAGGCUGCCCCCCACCCCCCCACCCCAGGCUCCAGGCCUUGCAGCUGCAGGCCAGCCCCACCGCCUGGCCUCUCCAGCUCCAUAGGCCCUUGCCCUUGGGCUCUAUCCUCGAACUUAGUUGGGCAGAUUCUCCCGCUCUUAAUUCAGGUGACUAAGUGCUCCCUGCUCUCCCGAGGAACUCGCGCUACAAGAAAAUAAAAUCCAGCCUGGUUUUUCUACAUGUA